AGUGUCAUGGCGGCACGUAAGAAGCUUUCGUCACGAAAGGAGCCACGUCUGCAUACUAUUCAACCGACUGACAGGACGGCAGAGUCUACCGCCAAAUUCUUGGCAAAAUGGCCGACACGGUGUUUGGAUCAUGAAGAGGUUAUCUCCCGUUAUUGUCUUGACCACGAUCAGCUGCUAUGUGACGUCUGCUCUAUGAGUGUACACAAUAGAUGUAACGAAGUUAUGAGUCUGGAUGAAGCGUCAAAAGGUAUCAGGGGAGGUAGAGAGUGUACACUUAUAGAAGCAGGGAUCAAAAAAUUGGUGACAAAAUACGAGCAGAUGCAUAAGGAACAGUCUGAUAUCCUGAGUAAUUUGGCCGCACAAGAGAAGGAAUUCAUACGCGAUGUGAAGUUGUUUAGAAAUGAGCUGAAUGCAAUGUUAGAUCGUCUGGAGAAUGCAGUGAUGGCCAAGAAAGACAACUACACAACGAGGAGACGAGAUACUGUAAAAGAGCACAAGCAGAUAUGUAAGACGGCGAUGACAACGCUAGACAACUACAAGAAAGAUUUAGACCGUACCUACCUUGGCCCAGACGAGGAAAACUUAUUUGUUGCCUUGAAAAAAUCAAAGGUUGUCUUGAGCAAAUACGAAGAACAGCUCAAAACCAUAGCGUCAGCACCGAAGAAAGUGUUCUUGACAUUUGAACCGAAUAAAAUAAUCGGGAAAUUCUUCCUCUCCCUGAAAGACUUCGGUGAAAUGAAAGCAGACCAGUCUGCAAAAGAACCACUUCCGGUAGUCGAAUCGAAGCCAGCUGAACGUAGAGCAAGCGUCGCAAGUGUUCAGUUUAGUGACAGAAAUAGUGCAACUGCAGGAGAUAGGUCUGAAAGAGGGAGAACUCGACUAAGUUUACCAAAUAUAGAAUCGACCUUCCAAGAAAUCGAACUUCACCCGCAUAUGAAGACGCGGAAACCGAUCUUUGUAGGUGAAAUUUCUGUUCAGUUAGAUACGGAUUCAGAACUGCCCUAUAUUACCGGAUGUUCAUUUAUGGCAGACGACAACGUUGUUUUAGUGGAUGAAGCUAAUAAAAAUGUCAAGUUCUUUAACCCUGCCCUAAAACCUAUUUCGGUAUAUAAGCUUCCAGCCCCGCCACAUGACGUAGCACCAAUCAAAAUCCAGCAGAUUGUCGUGACCAUUCCAACAGAACGAAGCUUGCAAUUUAUGGAAGUAGGAAAAACGCUUGUUCUCAGGAAGAAAGUACCUUUGGAUAUAGAGUGUUACGGAAUCACGUGCUAUAAUCAUGAACUAUUCGUCACUUCCGGUUUUUCAAGCGAUCGGGAGAUACAAAUUGUGUCCUUGAAUGGUGAAGUCCGGAAGAGGGUACGGCCGGGUAUAGCGGAUUUGAGAUACCCUUUAUACAUUGUCGUAGAUCCUAGAUUUCGGACAGUUUUUGUCUCGGAUUACAACCACGGAGUUGUCGGUCUUGAUGUCAACACAGGGGAGGUUAAAUUCAAGUGCAAAGACACUGAUGUUCAUGGUUACUAUAAAGGAGUGACCGUUGGACACAAAGGUUAUAUUUAUGUUUGCACGUGGAAUUUACAUGGGGUUAGUAGGACACACCUUGAUGGGCGUGGUUUAGAGACGAUUAUUCCAAUGCCGGGAAAAGAUGGACGGAAACCUCAUGCGAUAGCUUUUAGUAAGAAAUCCGAACGUGUGCUUAUAACAAUGUGUGGUGGUAAACGAGGAUGUCUACUAGUAUACAGAUAUCAGUAAAAUAGUUGUGACAAACAAAAACGAAUAUCUUGAUAUAGACCUCUUAAGACCGAUAAAAUUGACCUCAGGGUAGAAUA